UCUCCCUCCCUAUUUCCUUCCGCUGGCGACCCACGCGCCGGCCGGCCGCCUCCCGCCCUCCUCUUCUUCUCGGCCGGCAACUGGAGUGGCCGCACGCCCAACACCCGCACCGGCACGCCGCGCGCCCGCUCCCGACGGCCCGAGGCUCUUCCUCCUCGGCUUCUGGGCGGUUGGAGCCGCACCGCCCGCACGCGGCACGCCCACGCUGACACGCCGCGCUCAACGCCCUAGAGCACUGCCUGGACCCCUAGUUUUGGUCAGGCAGCAAUGGCGAAAUAGCAGGCGACACGGUCUUUCUUUAAAAGCAAAUUUUGAUUCUAGCAUUGGUGGAAAAUGUGAAUCAAAGGCAUAAUAAUUUCUCUCUCGAGUGCUUCCUUUUUACAUAUCGGAAGUUUCUUCAGCUAGUAUGCAGUCUGUGUCAAAGUUCGUUAAGAUUAUAGUGCCGGCUAGGAGGCUAUCAGGAUCUAUCAGUGGUACAACUGUGGGUUCUAGUAAGAAGGUAUGCGGUGCUGAAAAGCUUGCUCUGCUGGUCCAAAGCUGUUCAGAUGUUUGGUCUCUAAAGAAGCUGCAUGCUCGUGUUUUGGCACACGGACUUGGCUGGGAUGCGAUCCUUGGAUCUAAGAUUCUUGGCUUGUAUGCACAUUUAGGCGCCUUGCCCGAUUCAAGGCUUGUUUUCCAGAGUAUCGUGAAUGGCGAUCUUGCCCUGUGGAAUUCUGCCAUGGUUGAUUAUUUCAGAGCUGGUUACUUGGAGGAAGUUAUUCUUUUGUACAGGAGAUUGAAGUUGCUUCAGUUUUGUUUGAAUGAGAAAGCUAUUACAUUUGGUUUGAAGAGCUGCACUCAGCUCAGGAAUUUGUUUUUGGGCAAAGGAUUGCAUGUAGAUUCGCUGAAGCUUGGCCUGAGUGGGGAUAAAUUUGUCGGUUCCUCGCUGAUUGGGUUAUACUCCAAGCUUGGCAAGAUUGAUGAUUCACAGCGAGUGUUUGAAGAGAUCUUUGAGAAGGAUAUUGUUGCUUACACUUCAAUGAUCUCUGGCUAUUCUGAUGUAGUGGAUUCGUCUGCGUGGAAUGCAUUCGAAAUUGCCAGUGAAAUGAUAAGGAAUAACUUGGAAGUAAACCGUGUGACACUGGUAAGCUUAUUGCAAGUUGCUGGGAAUUUGGAAGCCUUCCGACUGGGUAAAUCAAUGCACAGCUAUGCCAUAAGAAGAGGAAUUGGCGUCUCAGAUGAAGUCCUAGAGACAAGCCUUGUUGACAUGUAUGCUCGAUGUGGAGCUUAUCAAUUAGCAUAUGCUCUUUUGAACAAUUCGAAGGGAACCGUGGCUUCGUGGAACGCUGUGCUUUCUGGUCUUACUAGAACUCAAAAGAGUAGGGAUGCAAUCCAGUAUUUUUCUGUUAUGCUUCAUCAUCAUAAAGUAACUCCAGAUUCAGUAACCUUUGCAAAUGUGCUUUCUGCUUGUGCUGAAUUAUGCUAUUGUGGCUAUGCUGCUAGUAUUCAUGCCUACUUGAUCAGAAGAACUAUAGCCCUGGAUCUUGUUUUGGCCACUGCUCUUAUCGAGGUGUACUCCAAGUGCAAAAGAGUUGUGAGAUCCAGGCAUCUCUUUGAUCAACUGACGGUUAAGGAUGUAGUCUCCUAUAACGUGAUGAUACAUGGUUAUCUGCAAAACGGCCUGGCAGAUGAAGCCACCACAUUACUCAAUCACAUGAUGAAAGAAUGUAUUGCACCAAAUUCUGCAACUGUUGUUUGCCUGCUCGCAGCUUUUGCUGAUCAAAGGGAUUUAGUAAGAGGAAGGUGGAUUCACGGAUUUGCAAUUAGACAUGGCUUUUCUUCAGAUGUGGACAUUGCAAAUCAAAUUCUGCAUAUGUAUUCAAUUUGCAGAGAAAUUGUCGCAACAAAGAUUGUAUUUGACUCAUUGGAAAAGAAAACCUUGUUUUCAUGGACAGCCAUGAUGAAGGGGUACUUAUCUUUUGGGUGUGCAGAUGAGGUUGUUCGAUUAUGUCAAUUAAUGCAGCAAGACGGGGAGAAGCCCGAUUCUGUCACUCUUAUGUAUGCAGUUCAGGCUGUUUCUGAGCUUGGACAUCUGAAGGGUGUAAAAGAAAUUCAAUGCUUUGUUUACCAUGCCUCCAUGGAGAAAGAUACAAUUACCGCAAAUUCUUUGAUAACUGCAUAUGCUAAAUGUGGAAGGUUGGAUUUGUCAGAAGCUCUUUUCUUCAGUAUGGAACACAAAAACCUGGAUUCAUGGAAUGCGGUGAUCAGUGCUUAUGGGAUGCAUGGAUUUUAUCUUAAGGUUCUUGAAAUGUUUCAGCAAAUGGAAGAGGAAAAAAUUAAGCCUGAUGAGUUAACAUUCACUUCUGUGCUUUCUGCCUGCAGUCAUGCUGGCCUUGUUAAGGAGGGUUGGUGUAUUUUUCAGUCAAUGAUUUCGCUGUAUUCAGUUCAUCCACAAGAAGAGCACUAUGGUUGCAUAGUUGACUUAUUGGGUCGGGCAGGACAGUUAGAAGAAGGAUACAAGUUUAUAAAGCUAUUGUCGUUGACUGAUAAAUCAAGCAUGUAUUGUGCUCUCCUCUCUGCUUGCAGAACAUAUGGAAAUACACUGCUUGGGCAUAUUAUAAGCAAAGAGCUCCUUGAGCACGGACCACAGGACCCAGGUACUUGUGCUUUGAUUUCAGAAGUGUAUGUACAGGAAGGACAGUGGAAUGAAUCUGCUAAUUUAAGGGCUAGCGCUAACGGAAGCGAUUCAAAGAAACUUCCUGGCUCUAGUUUGAUGGAAUCAGUCUAGGAAGUAGGGAGGGUGUUUUGAAGCCCAAGCACACAUGCUCCUGCAAUCUGGGCUGCUGGAAAUCGAGUCGAGGUCUGUAGAGGAAGAUGGAGUUCUUGCUGGAUCCUGUUGACAGGGAGAUGCAACCAGGUUCCCUUUUCUUGAAGCGAUGGGGGAUGGUGAGACCCCGAUCGAUCCAUGUGAUACAGUCGACGCGAGCGUCGUCGGUGGAGCCGCAGCAGAGCCAUCAUCAGUAGGACUAUUGCAGAUGACAGGAGCGAUCCGCGAACAGCCGGCGAGAUUGGAAGGGGGCCCUGACUGUUGUCGCGGGAACGGCAGAAUCCAGUGACAAAAUUCCCUGAUUGGACGAAGAGAAUUAGAGCUGGUUCGGUUCCGCCAGAAAGGACCCAUUGUCCGAGCAGAGUAGGCACCCUGGAGAAAUCUACAGGGGGGUUCGCAGAGAAGAGAGAACCCGACAGAAAAUGUCAUCAAACCUGCUCUUGGCACCAGCUUCAACUCCUUGAGGCCUUGUUCGGUUGAGGUAGUUUUUGAAGGGGAAUGGCAGGGUUUGAGGGGGAUUAGAUCCCCUACAAGCCAAAAUCCUCUCCAAUCCACUCCAAUCCCCUUGGGAGGAGGAUUAAACGAACAAGGCCUGAGCGAGUUUUAUGACUUUUACAAUCUUUAUUCUUGGGAGAAUUAUUUUGGAAUCAGAUAUGGGAAAAGCAGGUCGAAUGACACAGAUGACAAAAUGCAUGCAGAAAGUAGCGUGUGUUUGUGUGGUGAGGAUGUCAACAAGUAUAUGCAACAAAACUGAUCUAGGGAGUAGGGGGUAGUUCUCUGAUGGUGCAUUUUGGCACGUUGAUUUUUUUCAGGGGAACCUGAGUGCCCAGAGCACACACUCAUGCUGGAAAU